ACGUUACUAAACCGAAUUAUCGACGGUGCGUAGAAACUGUUACAUCAUAUUGAGAAGUAAUCCAAUGAUAGAGUCAUUAGCACAGCAGUAUAUGAGUCUGCAUAUUUGCUCACGCUGUCGCACACAACGACCGUUAUUUAUCACAGUAUAUAUAAAUGCGAUUGCCGUAUCACUGCGGCAGUUUUCAUUUAAGCGCGGUUUUCGUAUUCAACAUUGGACGAGAGUCGCACGAUUUCGUCAUCGAGUUCGUCAUCGAGUUCGUCAUAAGUUAAAGGUCUUGUUCCCUUGCGAUGGAGGAUUCCAUCUUUCGUACUCGUUCUCUCGGUACGCCAGCCGAAGGUGUCAAGGAUCAAUAUGCGGAUGGUAAAGCGGCAAAGAUUUGGGAGUUCUUUAUCGGCGAUGUAAAACAACGUACACAGAAUUAUCGGGACUUCUUGACGGGCCUACUGCGGGAAAAGGGAUGUCGUCGAAUAUUGGAUGUCGCCUGCGGUACCGGCAUUGAUUCCGUGAUGCUGCUGGAAGAGGGUUUUGAAGUCGUUAGUAUCGAUGCGUCUGACAAAAUGCUCAAAUAUGCACUAAAAACCAGAUGGGAUCGUAGAAAGGAGCCUGCCUUCGACAAGUGGGUGAUCGAAGAAGCGAAUUGGUUAACUUUACCUAGCGAUAUUAGUCACCUUAUUGAAGAAGGUUUUGAUGCUGUUAUAUGUUUGGGAAACAGCUUUGCCCACAUGCCUGAUUCUUUCGAUGAUCAGAGAGAGCAGAGACAAGCCUUGAUAAAUUUUGAACGCUGUGUAAAGCCGGGAGGCUUACUGCUCAUCGAUCACAGAAAUUAUGAUUACAUUAUGCGGACCGGCCAAACCCCUCCAAGAUGUAUAUAUUAUAAUAGCCAGCAUAUGUCAGACAUCAAAACAUCAGUGCUCUAUGUCUGUGGAAAACCGAAAAUCGUUACUAUGGAUUACAUGAUCGCUCUGGAUGAAAAGAAAAAAAACGAUCCCGAAUAUAUCAGUGAAUUUAGACUAUCGUAUUAUCCUCACAGACUAGCAGUUUUUCGCGAUAUGCUGACCGAGGUAUUCAGUCACAGAGCAAAACAUACUAUUUACGGUGACUUCAAACCGCUCAAUCAGAUCGAAGAUCCCGCGUUUUAUAUUCACGUACUGGAGAAGCAACGUUAAAUUAGAACAUUGUUGUAACUACAUGACAUUAAUUCUUAAACCGUAUUGUCAGUUCUUCGGAAUAUAAAUUCCAUCAGAAUGAUAUUCAACGUAGAAUAUGUUGAAUUAAUCUGCCUAUACCAAGAACUGAAGUGUUUAAAAUCAGUUAAAGCAAGAUUUUUUAUUGUAUUUAAUGUAAAGUCUGUCUAAUUAGAAUUAAUUAUAUAUAGCAAAAUUUUAUGACUGCCAAAAUUGUCACAAAAUGUAAAAAUAUAUUAAUUAAGAAAUAUAUUUUAUAUAUGUUAUUUGUCUAACAAAAAAUUCUUUAUUUAUCAGGAAAGAAGCGAAAAGAUACGAACUAUAGAUCUUCGAAAAAUACAUUUAUUUGGAAAUGAAACAACGAAAGUAUAGGUUUUAAUGUUUUUAUUAUAAGUUUGAAAGCAGCUUCUUCAUUGAGUAUUCUAGCCAGGCUUCGUUCGAUGCUACAAUUUCAUUUCUCAAGGAUAUUCUUCGAGUGAUCAUUGACGACGAUUUGCUGGAUAAUAAUUGGACGUAUUUUUGUAUUUUCCCAUUUGUUCUCUUUCUUUUUGUUGUGUUUCUCACGCAAUCGAUGCUUCGAAUGAACGCAAAUACGGUGACAAUAGGAAGACUAAACUUUAUUUGCUAAACAUCAAAUCGACUAUUCUAUGUAACUUUUACUCAUAAAUUGAUCGCAAAUGCAACGAUACAAUUUUUAUAAGAAUAUUGAACCAUCCAAAUAAAUCAUUCCGUACUUUUCACUCAGGAAUUGACAUCAAAAUACCUGAGAUACUUAUCAUCUGUUCACAUUAUCAGUCGUCAAUGAUCAUUUCAAAUUGAAAUUAUCGGCGGAGAAAUUGCUCUCACAAAUUCUUAAAUCCACCCUCGAGAUCACUCUCUAUUGAGCCCCACAAAGCUUUACAGAGUCUUGUCGUUACGUAAAGAGUGGUCACGCUAUCGUAGAAAUCGAACCGCAAGAGAUUAUCUUUCAAUAGGCAGAUAGAGAAAACAUAGAGGAGGAAGGGAUGAGAAAAAGAGUCAUGAAAGACGUAAAAAUCAAGUUUUGAUUUCGUUCAGUUUGAUUUCGUUCGAUUUCUGCGAUGUACAUACACGUACUUUCUACCGUGAAAACAGGGGGUAUUUUUCGUCAGAAAAAUGAUUGAAGAGGACAAUUUACAAGGCCAAGGAUUUGUGUUACGAGUGCAACGAACUGCCCAUAUAGAAAAAUGGACGAAGUGUUAUAGCAAAAAUUCUUCUCUCCCCUUUCUAUCAAUAUAUAAUAUAUAUAUAUAUAUAUAUAUAUAUAUAUAUACGUAUAUAUAUGUGUAUCUAUAUAUUUAUAGUUUUUUCCAUUUUCAAUCAUUUUUUUCCCAUGAAAUUCGUAUCAAUACCUAUCACGGCUUUUUCGACGGUCGUUGCGAACACUCUCGUCGUCGUAUCGAAUUUCCCUAUAUUUAAGGCUCUCGAGAUCGCACGCGACGAUUGUGACAUGCUACUUAGCGUGUCGUAGCUGUAUACAUAAAAACACAAUGGUAAUAUACAUAAAUUAUACUAUUUUAAAGUUUAUUUUAAUCAACAUUGCAUGAGAUGAAAAAAAUACCAAGAUUUAAAUCGCCGCUUUUUAACGAUCUUGAUUUAAAAUAAUUUAUAUUGAAAAAUGAAUAUCGCUGAUAAUGAAAUUCGAUACGUUUUACUUCUAUAGGGCUUGUUUACUUGAUCUAAAAUCUAAAGCUUAAUAUAAUAUUAUAUAUAUAAUACAAUAUGUGGAAACAAUAUGUAGAUUUUGUAUUUUGGAAAAUUGAUGAUCAAAGCUUUCGCAGCAACUUUCGAACGCGGAUUUGUACAUGCCGUGUAUUAGUAACUCGUUGUAACGAGUCGCGAGAAUUGACUUGCUUCUUGAAACUUUAUUUCGAACGAAUAAGCACGUAAGGUCAGGGACGACGAUUCGUGUUACGACAUUGUUGUUCGAAUGAUGAUUGUUCGUAUUAUUCGCGAAGUAGCUGAUGUAAAAAGUUGUAAUAUCGUAUUUACGCAAUAAUAAUCUGCUGUACAAUAUGAAUUACGAAAGGAAUUGUCGCAAAGAAUAUGAAUAUUUUAAAUUAUGUUUUGAUAUCGCAAAUGUAUUUUUUAUGUUAGCUAUAUUUUUUGGUAUAAUUUUUAUCACAAAUAAAAGAAAUCUUACUGCAGGUUUGAAGUUUUGCAUAAAUUUUCGCAACAAAUAAAAAUUAUUAUUAAAAAAUAUUUUUAACGUAAUCGAAUGACAAUGAAAUUACAAUUUAGUCAAAUGAGGCAGAACACGAACGAAAAGAUCUACUUUUUACAUAACUACACGCAGGCACAUCCAUUUUCACUCUCGUUUUUGCUUUCCUCUCGUGACUUUUCUACAAAAUUCCUUGAUAUUCAACGAGCAAUUCUUUAUCCAAUUUUAAUUUUUUCUUUGAAAUAAUUCCAUAUUUUAUAUGUUUAGUAUUUGUCCAAAGCUGUAAUAUUGUAUAUGCCCCUUAUUAGAAAUCUAGAUUCAGUUAGAAAAAAGAGAGGAUAACAGAAACUGUGUGUGGUAACAUUCUUACAUAAUUUUUAAUUUAAUUGUUAAGAGUUCUAUCGACGAUUAAUGCAAUACUUAUAAUAUUUUCAUAUUUCAAAACGCUCGUACCGUAUUUGCAUCGUAAUGUUUCCAAUAAACUUUUUAAAUUUAAAUUUCCUUUUUUUGUUUCUCAUAACUUUUGUCAUACAUUCGAUUGUAGUUUGUGAAGUUAACGGAGAUAAUCUUCUAAGACCUACCGAAGGUGCUUAACUUUGUUAAAUUCUGUCAUGUGUUAAUAUCACGAAUUAAUUGGAUAACGAAUACAAACUUUCGCGUUUGUAAUUGAAGUUCCAUACAUAUAUUCUUCACUUCCUCGCCGUCACUUUUUGAUACCGCAUUGAUUCUAAAAGAAAUAUCUGCUACUUACAGUUCGUUGAGUGUAUUUUACAGUAACAAAUAGAAAUUGCGAAUAUUAUUUCUCGGAUAAACCGACAUUAUAGCCGGUGAACAAUUUUUAAGCAAUGGAGCGCAGAAUUGCUAUUCGGGUUCGCAUCGCGUACGUUUCCAUAUUGUGCAAGUUUCACGUGAAGAAAGUAAAAGGCAGUUGUAAUUGACAAAUGGAUUUUUUUAACUUUUCUCAUCGUGCUGUAAUGGGUUGUA